CUCUCAGAUCCAAGCCCGUGCAAGACACCAAACCAGAUCUCACCAUCCCCCCUACCCCCUCUCUCUCAGAUCCCAAUUGCCAAAUGCCCUCGUAGUCGUAGCUGCACGCCGCCGCGUAGUCUCUCCCACCCCGCGCGCCCAGAUCCAUGGGCGGCCUGAGGGCAGCGUCGCCGUCGUCGGGCGCAGGCGCAGGCGCCGGGGCGGGAUCGGAUCCCACGCCGCGCGUGGCGAUGGCGUGCGUGCUGGCGUCGGAGGUCGCCACGGUGCUCGCCAUCAUGCGCCGCAACGUCCGCUGGGCCGGCGUCCGCUACGGCGGCGACGACGGCGCGGACGACGAGCACCUCGACCACCCGCUCAUCGCGGGGCUCAAGUCCCUGCGCCGCCGCGCCGCCUCGUGGGACACGCGCCAGUGGCGGGACGUCGAGCCGCUCCUCUACCUCCGCCCCUUCCUCGACGUCGUCCGCUCCGACGAGACCGGCGCGCCUAUCACGGGCGCCGCGCUCUCGUCCUUGCACAAGAUACUCACGCUCGACCUCGUCGGCCCCGACGCGCCCAACGUCGCCGAGGCCAUGGGCGCCGUCGUGGAGGCCGUCACGGGGUGCCGCUUCGAGGUCACUGACCCGGCGUCCGAGGAGACGGUGCUGGCUCGGGUCCUCCAAGUGCUUCUCGCGUGCGUGCGUGGCCGCGCUGCGCCAGCUCUGGCCAACCGCCAUGUCUGCAACAUCGUCAGCACUUGCUUCCGCGUCGUGCAGCAAGCCGGCACUAAGGGGGAGCUGCUGCAGCGCGUCUCCCGCCAGACCAUGCAGGAGGUUAUCCGCUGUGUCUUCGCUCGCCUGCCUGAUGUUGAUGCCACCGUGGUUGCCGACGGGCAGACUGCUUGUAGCAAGAACCAAGGUUUGAGUGAUGGAGAGAUAGGGAACGGGAAGAGUGAUUUUGUGUGCUUGAAUAGCUCUGGAGAUGAGGUGGGAGGUGGAUUUGGUGUUGUUCAAGACCAGGCUAUGAGUGAGCUGUUUGGGGUUCCUUGCAUGGUAGAGAUAUUGCAAUUCUUGUGCUCCCUUUUGAACAUAGCAGAAGACAUUGAGGUGAAUCCAAGGAUUAAUCCAAUUGACUUUGAUGAGGAUGUGCCACUAUUUGCCCUCGGGUUGAUUAGUUCUGCUAUUGAGUUGUCAGCUUCAUCCAUAAACAAACACCCCGAAUUGCUGGCAUUUGUACAAGAUGAACUGUUCCGCAAUCUAAUGCAAUUUGGCUUGUCAAUGAGCCCUUUGAUUCUGUCAACCGUGUGCAGCAUUGUUUUUACUCUCUUCUACCAUUUGCGUCAGGAACUUAAGCUACAACUUGAGGCUUUCUUCUCAUGUGUUAUCAUAAGACUUGGGCAGAGUAGAUAUGGUGCUAGUUAUCAGCAACAGGAAGUUGCUCUGGAGGCUCUAGUGGAUUUCUGUCGGCAGAAAGAGUUUAUGGCGGAGAUGUAUGCGAAUAUGGAUUGUGAUUUACAGUCCAGUAAUAUUUUUGAAGACCUUGCUAACCUUCUGUCUAAAAGUGCAUUUCCUGUGAAAAGUCCUUUGUCCACCCUGAAUGUGCUUGCUCUAGAUGGUUUGGUUUUGGUCAUUCAGGCAAUAGCAGAGAGGACUGAUAAUGCACCUCAGCAUCAUGAACAAACAGUGCCUGAAAUAAGUGAAUAUUUUCCUUUUUGGCAGUUGAAAUGUGAGAACACUAAUGAUCCUGAUCAAUGGGUUAGAUUUGUUCACCAGCAAAAGAGCAUCAAGAGAAAGCUAAUGGUUGGUGUUGAACAUUUCAACAGGGACAAAAAGAAGGGCUUUGAGUACCUGCAAGGGGCUCAUCUCCUGCCUGAAAGACUUGAUCCACGCAGUGUGGCGUUGUUUUUCCGGUACACACCUGGGUUAGAUAAGAAUCUUCUUGGGGACUACCUGGGAAAUCAUGAUGAGUUUUCCAUUCUGGUCCUUCAUGAGUUUGCUAAAACCUUUGACUUCAAGGAGAUGAAUUUGGAUGCUGCCUUAAGGCUCUUCUUGGAAACUUUUCGGCUGCCUGGUGAGUCACAGAAGAUACAAAGGAUUCUUGAGGCCUUUUCUGAGAGAUAUUAUGAACAAUCACCACAAAUGUUUGUUAACCGGGAUGCUGCUCUGGUGUUGUCAUAUUCAGUAAUCAUGCUCAACACAGAUCAGCACAAUAUAAGGGUUAAGAAGAAGAUGACGGAAGAAGACUUUAUUAAGAACAAUCGCCGUAUCAAUGGUGGGAACGAUCUUCCAAGGGAAUUCUUGUCGGAAUUGUAUUAUUCUAUUUGUCGGAAUGAAAUCAGAACCAUUCCGGAGCAAGGAGCUGGAUGCUCUGAGAUGUCUUUCAGCCGGUGGGUUGAUCUGAUGUGGAAGUCAAAGAGGACAUCAGCAUACAUUGCUUGUGACUCCUUCCCUUUUCUUGAUCAUGACAUGUUUACUAUCAUGGCUGGACCAACGGUUGCUGCUAUCUCAGUGGUUUUUGAUAAUGUUGAGCAUGAAGAGUUCCUUACAGGAUGCAUUAAUGGUUUUCUAUCAGUGGCGAAGUUGGCGGCAUUCUAUCAUCUUGAUGAUGUGUUGAAUGAUCUUGUUGUGGCACUAUGUAAGUUCACCACCUUGCUGAACACUUCCUAUAUUAAUGAUCCUGUAACAACUUUCGGUGAGGACACCAAGGCUAGAAUGGCAACCGAGGCUGUUUUUACUAUAGCAACUACUCAUGGUGAUCACAUACGCAGUGGGUGGAGGAACAUAGUAGAUUGCAUUUUAAGAUUGCAUAAAAUAAGCCUACUUCCUGGUUGCCUCACCGGUGACACAGCUGAUGAUCAGGAGUCCUCAUCAGAUAUGUUGCCUAGCAAGCUUGCCUCAUCUCGAGCUGCACCUCAAGUUGUGCCAAUCAGCACUCCUAAAAAAUCAUAUGGGCUCAUGGGGAGGUUUAGUCAGCUAUUGUAUUUAGAUGCUGAAGAAUCUAGGUUCCAGCCAACUGAGGAGCAACUUGCUGCUCAGAGGAAUGCUUCAGAGACCAUAAAGAAGUGCCAAAUAGGUACCAUCUUCACUGAGAGCAAAUUCUUACAAGCUGACUCUCUCUUAAAUCUGGCAAGAGCCCUCACCCAGGCGGCAGGUCGACCACAAAGGAUCACCAGCUCACUUGAUGAUGAAAGCACAUCAGUCUUUUGCUUAGAGCUUCUAAUUACUGUCACUUUAAACAACAGAGACAGGAUUGUCCUUUUGUGGCAGGGUGUUUUUGAGCACAUAACUCAUAUUGUUCAGUCUACAGUGAUGCCCUGUAAUCUGGUGGAGAAGGCUGUUUUUGGGCUGCUGCACAUCUGUCAGCGCUUGCUUCCUUAUAAGGAGAAUCUUGUGGAUGAUUUACUGAGGUCUCUUCAGUUAAUUUUGAAGCUCGAUGCUCGUGUGGCUGAUGCUUAUUGUGAGAACAUUACCCAGGAGGUUACGCGCCUGGUUAAGGGCAAUGCAACUCAUAUAAAGUCCCAGAUGGGUUGGCGAACUAUCAUUUCAUUACUCUGCAUCACUGCUCGUCAUCCAGAUGCUUCUGAUGUUGGUUUUGAAGCCCUAGUUUUUAUCAUGUCUGAGGGAGCACACCUCUCCCCUGCUAACUUUGUCCUUUCUGUGGAGGCCUCAAGGCAGUUUGCAGAGUCUCGGCUUGGCUCUGCAGAAAGAUCUAUCCAUGCUUUGAACCUUAUGGCAGAAUCAGUGAAUUGUCUUACACGCUGGUCACGUGAGGUUAAGGAAGCUGGUGGGGAGGCUGACAGGAUAUUGGAAGGAAUUGCUGAGAUGUGGCUGCGACUAGUGCAGGCACUACGGAAGGUGUGCACAGACCAGAGGGAGGAAGUAAGGAAUCAUGCGCUAUUAUCAUUGCACAGAUGCUUAGUAGUUGAUGGGAUAUCAGUGCCAUCUUCAGCAUGGUUGAUGUCAUUUGAUAUUAUUUUCCAGUUGCUUGAUGAAUUACUGGAGAUUGCACAAAAUUACUCACCGAAGGAUUUCAGAAACAUGGAGGUGUCCCUCUUGCAUGCUGUAAAACUUCUAUGCAAAGUGUUCUUGCAGUCACUUAAUGACAUUUCAUCACAGAGCAGCUUCAGUAAGCUGUGGUUGGAAGUACUUGACAUGAUAGAGAAGCUUAUGAAAGUCAAAGUGAGAGGGAGGAGGACUGAGAAGCUACAAGAGGUUAUCCCAGAGCUACUGAAGAACAUACUGCUGGUGCUAAAAGCAAAUCGGGUUUUAUCAAAGACAAGCACCAGUGAAGAGAACAGUUUGUGGGAAGCAACAUGGCUUCAAGUUAACAAGAUUGCACCUUCACUGCAGCCAGAAGUUUUUCCUGACAGUGAGGGUGAUGUAGCAACACAAAGUGCAAAAAACAAGUCAGAUAGUCCAGCACAAUCUGAAGGCGUGAAUGUUUAGCUCAACAUAAUAACUCCAGUAAAUUGGUUAUAUUAUGCCAGAACUUCCUAAAAUUUGAAAUGUGGAUGUAUAUUGUGUCCUUACAUUCUUUAGCUGCCACUCUUUGAGAAACAAAACAUACAACUUCCGUGCAUGUGUAAUUUCCAUUGAUCUAAAUGGUGAAAUUAAACAUUAGAAUGUGAUACCAUUAGCUUGUUCUUCUGGGAUAUGUGGUAGUGGUUUUCCUGUUGCUUUAUAUACAUAUGUUAUGAACCAUUUGUUUAAAAUUUCCCUAGUUUUUCUGGGACAUGUGUACAAUAGCAGUCAGUAGAAAGUGACUGAAAAAAAUGAUAAUGAAACAAGUUUGCUUUA